UUGGCUCAAAGCUUAUAGGCCUCAAUGGAGAUUCCUAGGCGACGGAGCGGCGCCAAAAUGGAGGAAAGCGGAGCAGUUUCAUAACCCCCGUGUAGGUGGAGCUUGGUUUUCUGGAAGCUCCGUGGAGCUGAACGUCCAGGCACACGGGAGACGGCGGUCGGGAAAAAAAAACAUAAACCAGCGGCUGGAAAGUGCCGAGCCGCGGAGACGGACAAAGCGUCUGCACGGUGCGUUUAAAGCAAGAGCUGAACCCGCCCGUCAGGUCCACGACCGGAUGACUGUGUGCAUCCCUGGAAAAAAAAAAACUGAAGUGUAAUCCGCGAGGCUGCUCGGGAAGUGCAGAUCACUGUAACCCACCUGGAUCAGGGCUGUAACCCGAGCCUGAUGUCCCCUGUCCACCGGGUCUGUCCGGGCAUUUCCUCCUCUGCGAGCGCAACAUUGAAACCUUCGGACCAGUCGGGGCCGUUAACGGGAGCAGACACAGCGGCGGAGGAGUUUACACUAAUGUUUGUUUGACAACCACGUAUGGUGUGCUUUUUGAGACGGGAGUGCAAUACCGGGAAGCUGUGGGAAAGGCGGGGCCGAACCGGUGGACUCCCAAACUGGAUUAUUGAGCUCCCCCAGUGCCGAUUCACUCACAGCGACGCAGCGUUAUUUGGGGGGGGCGGGGGGUCGACGAAGGAGGCAACAACUGGAAUUUAGAAACCUUUCUUUGGAACUCUUUGCCGACCGCCCUGCCGCUGACUGCACGAGCGGUUCUUAGUCAGUUAUUUCGGUCAGACGGCCAGCUGCCUGUGGCCUUCCUCCCCCCCUCCAUUCAGGAGCAUUAAUCAGGUUCGGGACGCAUAUUUUGGGGAUAAUUUUUCCCCAGCCGGGGUCGGACUAUGGCGGACGACGACAUUCUCUUUGAAGAUGUGUACGAGCUCUGCGAGGUCAUCGGCAAGGGUCCCUUCAGCGUGGUGAGAAGAUGCAUCAACAGAGACACGGGGCAGCAGUUUGCUGUCAAAAUCGUGGAUGUGGCCCAGUUCACCUCCAGUCCUGGACUCAGUACAGAGGAUCUGAAGAGGGAGGCCAGCAUCUGCCACAUGCUGAAGCACCCCCACAUUGUGGAGCUUCUGGAGACGUACAGCUCAGAUGGGAUGCUCUACAUGGUUUUCGAGUUUAUGGAUGGAGCAGACCUGUGUUUUGAGAUCGUGAAGAGGGCAGAUGCUGGCUUUGUCUACAGUGAAGCAGUGGCCAGCCACUACAUGAGACAGAUCCUCGAGGCACUACGCUAUUGCCAUGACAACAAUGUCAUCCACCGAGACGUCAAGUUGAAGAGAGGGCACAAGAACAAAAAACACCACUUUGAGGAGCUUGUCUUGCUGCACAUGGAGCUAAAUUUGGGAGUCACCUCCACCGCAACGGGCAUCGGGUACCACUGCAUCAUGCUCACCCACCCUGCACCCUCCCACCACCAUCACCACCACCAUCAUGCCAGCCUGAGCGCCACGCCCAGAUUUCGUGCCGUCAUCACCGGCGUCUCUUUCUACUGGUGUCUGCUGCUUCGAGGAAUCAGCAGUGUGGGGUUGUAA